AUGACAACCGCGAACGCAUCGAAUACCAGUGCUAGCAAGCAACAAUUGGAGGAAGCAUUUUCCUACUAUGGGCCAUUGCAUAAUGUUUGGGUUGCUAGAAACCCUCCUGGAUUUGCCUUUGUUGAAUUUGAAGAUCCUAGAGAUGCGGAAGAUGCGGUGAGAGGGCUAGAUGGUCGUACUCUGUGUGGCAGACGUGUACGUGUGGAAUUAUCAAAUGGAAAGAAAUUAAGAGAUAGAGGCUUCUCCAGGAGAGGAAUUGGAAGGCCCUUUCAUCCGGAAGAUAAAUGUUAUGAAUGUGGCGAAAGGGGUCAUUAUGCUAGAGAUUGUCAUCGUCAUAGAACUUCUCGCAGAAGAAGGUGGUCCCGUUCGCGAUCAAAGUCAAAAUCAAGAUCACGAUCGCGAUCGCGCUCACGCUCGCGCUCACGUUCCCGCUCGAGAUCCCGCAGUAAUCGCUCGCGCUCGCGCUCAUCACGACGCAGCCCAUCCCACAACAGGAGCGUUCCCGCCAAGGAUAAGUAUCGUAAGAAACGGAAGACCGUUUCCAAAGAUCGAAGCAAAUCGAAGUCUCGAUCAGGCUCCAGAUCACGAAGCAGAUAAAUGCGGAUAUGGAUUUAAUGAUUCACAUCGGAUUCCCUUAUAAUUUAACUAGAAAGCUGCAAUUCCUUCGAUUGAAGAUCAGUCUAUCUUACUUGAUAUAUGCACUUACUGCAUAUUGUUCUUAAUGAUUAUAAAUAGCAUUAACAGCUUCAUGUAAACAAAAGAUUCUGUAUGAAAGGAAACAUGCAAUGUUAUUUUAUUGACUACGCGGGUUUUUUUUUUUAAAGUUCUUUGCUCAUGUUCACUGCUCGCAUUUAAGUUACUGUAACCGAUAUUCAAUAAAAAUGAUAGCUUUCCAGACA